GUUGCUUGGCAGCAUGGCUCCUUUCGCAUGGCGACCUUACCUCCCCAUCCUCGUCUUCCUCUGCCAUACUGCUGCCCACCUCCAUGCUUCUGAGGUCAUCCCUGGUACGGAUGAACUUGUCUACAAUGGUUUUUUCAAGGCCGAUCUGAAUCUUGAUGGCAGUGCUUUGUUGAUAAAUGAUCUGCUGAGUUUAACCAAUAUGCCAGAUGGAACAAAUGGCCAUGCCUUUUGCAGCUACCCUCUCAGUUUUCAGAGAAUCCCUGGUGGUUCUAUCUCCUCUUUUUCAACAACCUUUGUGGUCACCAUAGGCUUUCGGCGGUAUAAAGGCCAUGGGCUUGCCUUCAUGCUUUCUUCAACAAAUGAUAUAUCUGACAACUCAGCUGGUCAGUUCCUUGGCCUUCCCAGUUCUAGCUCAGAUGAUCAUGUUUUCUUCGCAGUUGAACUUGACACUGUCCUAAACCCAGAGUUUAAGGACAUUGACAACAACCAUGUUGGGAUCAAUGUCGACAGCUUGCUCUCAGUCGAAUCCCAUACUGCUGGCUUCUAUGACUCCAGUGGUGACUUCAAAAGUGUUGAGCUCAGAAGUGGAAAGCCGGUGCAGGUGUGGGUGGACUACGAUAGCAAAUCUUACCGCCUCAAUGUCACCUUAGCACUUUACUCCAUGCCUAAACCUGAACUGCCAUUGCUAUCAACCCCCUUGAAUCUCUCCUCCCUGUUGUCACUGAGUUCAUUGUACGCCGGCUUUUCUGCAGCAAGUGAUAAAUUCACAUCCGACCACUAUGUUCUUGGCUGGAGUUUCAAGCUAGAUGGAGAGGCACAACCACUUGACUACUCCCAGUUGCCAUUAGGAUUAGUUAAGGAUCUUAAACACCAUUCCCGCUUUCAAUACUCAGGUGAAAUGACCAUUUUAGGAGCCCCAACGAUUAUACCAGCUGUUGUUCUAAUUGUACUUGCUGUUCUUAUUUGCCGCUAUCUGAGGAACCGAAAGGAAGAUAAGGAGUUUGAAAUAAUGUGUGGGCCACCAUCUUUCACUUACAAAGAGCUAUUCACUGCAACUGAUGGAUUCAACGACAAGGUGCUACUUGGGAAAGGAGGAUUUGGAAGGGUGUACGAAGGGGUGCUGUCUAACUCUGCACAGAGCAUUGCAAUCAAGCGGGUAUCUCCGGAGUCAAAGCAGGGAAAGAGGGAGUUCAUGGCAGAGAUCGCCAUCCUUGGCCGUGUUCGCCACCGCAACCUUGUACAGCUGCUUGGCUACUGCCGGUACAAGAAGGAGCUGCUGUUGGUCUACGACUGCAUGCCAAAUGGAAGCCUUGAUAAGUACUUGUAUAACAAGGGCAAGCCUGUCCUUGACUGGGCACAGAGGCUUCGCAUUAUCAAAGGUGUAGCUUCUGGUCUCUGUUACCUCCAUGAGGACUGGGAGCGUGUCAUCAUCCAUAGAGACAUCAAGGCCAGCAAUGUGCUUCUUGACAACUCCAUGAACGGGAGGCUCAGUGACUUCGGCCUUGCGAGGUUCCAUGACCAUGGAGUUGAUGCACACACCACACGUGUGGCAGGAACCUGGGGAUACAUUGCACCUGAGUUGGCCCGGCUUGGAAAAGCCACCAAGGCAACUGACGUGUUUGCAUUCGGUAUUUUCAUGAUCGAGGUGGUCUGCGGAAGACAGCCAAUUGGCAUGGCUGUUGAUGGAGGUGAGCCUUUUGUGCUUGCAGACUGGGUCCUCAGCAUGUGGAAAAGCGGCUCGGUCACUGGAGCUGUAGACCCAAAGUUGGAAGAUUACGACCAAGAGGAUGCUGAGCUCGUGCUGAAGCUUGGCUUGCUUUGCUCUCACUCACUACCCAAGCUGCGGCCGUGUAUGCGUCUCGUCAUGCUGUACCUGGAAAGAGGCGCAAGACUAAAUGAGUUCUGUCCAGCUUCCCUGAGCAUUGAUCCAGACGAGGAUAAAGAGAUUGACCAUGUACUGUGUUCAUCCGGAGCCUCGACCAUAACAGUUCUCUCUGGGGGGAGGUGAUACGUAUUGUAAUGGUGAUCACUCAAAGAGGACAAGCUGUCUCGUCCACUACUGUAACACAUUGCUAUUUUGUCUGGAUUAUCCUUGUAAUAACUUGUUCUAGGACUGUACUGUACUAGUAUUGUUUUUUGAUAGGAAUGUUAAACUGAUAUUAGUAUAUUACCGUAUCCAAUGGAUAAGUAUUAUAAAGUUCAUCAUUUGCCGCGUGGUCAA